UGUCAGCGGCCAGCCAAGAGGCAACCUGCUGGGUAAACAACAGUGGAUGUCUCGGAAGGCAGGAAUGGGAACUUCGUCGAGGGCAAAUAGUUUUAUGAGAUGCAGUGGGGAGAACCCUAGGAAUUAAAGUAGGUGUGCUUUGUGUUUGCCCUCUGAGGACAGACCUGCCACAAUGAAGAGUGAGGUGCCAUCUGAGCCCGCCAGCAGACAGGAACAUCUCAAGGAGCCACUGGUGAACCCAGAGUCCAUGGAGGGAGCAAAGAACUUCCCCAAUAACAUGGAGGUGAUUGGAAAGGCAGGCAGUGAUUUUGAAAAACUGUGCGAGUCCAGGCAUCGACCCUUGAGGGACACAAGCACACGCAGAGACUCUGAACGACCCCUUUCUGGGCGCAGAAAAAGAAAAGGCCAACAGGCAGGGCCAUCGGACAUUUCGCUGAAGGAGGCCCACAUCAGUGAGAGUUCACUGCAACCUCAGCGUCCCAGAGUAGAACUUUUACAGCAUCCCAGCGAGGAUGAGCAUAACCAUGAGUCCUCCUUUAGUGACUGUGCAUCGUCCCCUUCAUCGAGCCUGCGGUUUGGGGAUUCGGACACUCUUAGUUCAGAAGAUGAAGGGGAAGCUGGUGCAACAGGGGGCCAACACAAGGCUCCUGCCUUGGCAACGGGAGGAGCCGCUGGAGUUGGCCUGCGCCCUAGUCUGAGUCGGACUCGGGGGAAUCGUUCUCAUAAGUGGGUGCGGACCGAGGCUGAGCUGCUGAAGCGGCCAUGUCUGAGCAGCCGGCGGCCUCUGCAUAGGAAACGUUUUGUGAAAACGGGCCCCGGAGAAGGGCAGCGGACUCAAAAGCAAAAGGAACGACUACUACUACAGAGAAAGAAACGUGAAGUGAUUGCACGCAGGAAGUACGCUCUGCUUCAUAGCACCAGUAGUUCCAGUGAAGAGCUAACCAGUGACUCGUCCUCCCCUUCCUCUACCGAAGCAGAAGAUGAGCUGUAUGUAGAUGUCAGCAGCACCAGCAGCCAGCCCAACAGUGCUGCUGUAGCCACAGGUGCUCUUGAUGAGGAUGUGGUGGUGAUAGAGGCGUCUCCGGCUCCAGCACCUGUUCCUCAAAAUGAGGAGAUCAACGUCACUUCAACAGACAGUGAGGUGGAGAUCGUCACAGUCGGUGAUGGAUUCAGGUCACGCUCGGUGGGGGGUCUGGGAAGGAUUUGGACCAAUAGUUGCUCCCAGAAUCGUCUCCAGGAACCACGUGGACGUCACAGACUCUCCACAGUCAUCCAACCACUGCGUCAGAAUGCCGGCGAGGUUGUGGACCUCACUGUUGAUGAAGAUGAUCUCUCAGUUGUGCCAACAACCUCCGGCAGUGUUCACCCUCAGUCAGUCAGGUCAUCAUCUUCAUCAUCCUCUCAUCAUGCCUCUACCUCAGAGCUCAAUGAUGCCCCAGGCCCUUCCACUAGCUGCCCAGGUUCAAUCCCUGAAAGUAUGCACACACAGAGGCCAAGUGGAUCUACUCGCACAGCCACAGAUGAUGACAACAGGCAAAGUUUGUCAGGUGCUGCAGGAGAAAACGCAGGCACGGCCAUGCCCAGACUUCCAUCUUGCUGUCAGCAGCACUCCCCAUGUGGAGGCCCCUCCCCUGCACACCUGCCCCUCAGCCACUCCCAUCCAAGUUGCGUGCAAGCAUCGUCCUCUCAGCAGACCGGCGCCUCUCAGCACAGUCACGGCAAUGCUCACCACUUUCUCCACCAUGUCCAUCACCCUGCACCGCAGCCCCCAGGCACUGUGCCUUUUCAAGAGCCGAGCUGCCAUGUGGAGCGCCCCAGUGCUCUCCCUCCCCACUGUGCUGGAGUCGGUGGCAGCAGCAGUAGCAGCAAUGCAGCUCACUACCAUGACCAGCAAACUCUGCCAGUGGACCUGAGCAACAGCAGCAUUCGAAGCAGUGGAAACAGCGGGGCUAGUUUCCAUGGCAGCACUUCAGCCUUUGACCCAUGUUGCCCAGGUUCCACCUCACGGCCUCCUGCUUUUGUUUCACACGCCACCCCUGGGCCCAGCCAGUCUGCUGUGGUGGAUUCAUUUAGCUCCUCCAUGGUGGCUCCGCCACAAACACAACCCCAGCCCUGUAGACAUUAUAUGCACCCACCUUAUGGCGCUCUGACACGUUCACUGCAUCAUCAGCCCUCCUCAGCUUGCCAUCACUCCCAUGGGAACCCCCAGCUUGCACCCCAACCUCCCCCACACGGGGAAUUUCUCAUUCCCCACACCUUUCAUACACCUCUGCCAUCCCACCCCUCAGGUCACGCUGUGCCCCCUGCCCCUCCCCCUCCUCUUUCUACUCAUCACCUCUCUACUUCAAGCGCCCCACUGGCACAACACCUUCCCACGGACCAUCAGACUUUGACACACCACAUGCCAGCUCUGGGGCCUUCAGUGCAAAGGCUCCAUCAGCACGAGAUGCUUCAAAGGAUGGAGGUCCAGAGGCGGAGGAUGAUGCAGCACCCCACGCGAGCACAUGAGCGUCCACCUCCACACCCUCACAGAAUGCAUCCCAACUACGGGCAUGGACACCACAUCCAUGUGCCACAAACUAUGUCUUCCCACCCUCGCCAGCCUGAGCAGAGAACUGCAUGGGAGCUUGGCAUUGAGGCUGGAGUACCCGUGGCACCGUACACUUCAGGGCAUCUGCACUCCCACCUGCCCCACUACCAUACUCCCCCAAGACUGCAGCACUAUUCCUUCCCCUUGAUGCACACUGCCAUUUCUGAAGUGACCUACCCACACAUUAGGUACAUUUCAUCUAGAAUGACUGGCUUUGGAAGAACCUAUGAGGACUUGCUGCAUUUAGAGGAACGGCUGGGGACUGUGAACAGAGGAGCCUCUCAGGGAACCAUAGAGAGGUGCACCUACCCACACAAGUACAAGAAGAAGGUGUUGGAGAGAGACAUUGACCAACAGUUAACCCCUGAAGCUUGGGCAUCUAUUGGGAAAAAUAUGAACGCAACACCAGAAUCGAGAAAGCUGCAUGGUAAGCAAGAGGAAGACGAGGGAGCAGAUGAAGAUACAGAAGAGAAAUGCACCAUCUGCCUGUCAAUACUGGAGGAGGGAGAGGAUGUCAGACGUCUACCGUGUAUGCACCUCUUCCAUCAACUGUGUGUGGACCAGUGGCUCCUCACCAAUAAGAAGUGCCCCAUCUGCAGAGUGGACAUUGAGGCGCAGCUGUCUGCUGAAAGUUGAUGCUGUUUUUCUAACAACCCUUUUGUUUGUUCAGAAUUUAUUUUGAGAUCAUAUUAAUUUUCUCUUCAGUACUGCAGUCAACCAAAGAUGGCAUGUAUUACCUGCGCAGCUCUACUAUGAGGAAAAAGAGAAAAAACAAACAAAAAAAACAAACCAUCUAACAAAAAAGCAUCAAGCCUAGAGUGCCAGCUCUCACAUAUUACUACAACAGCUAGAAUUCUCCAUUAAGGGUUAAAGAGUUUAUUGUAUUUAUAAAGCUUUUAUGUAGCUUUUGAUUGUUUCCUCAAGUGUCAUUUCUGUUUUGUUUCCCUGCAUGUUUCCUUGCAAUGCAUUUCUUUGCACAUAAAUUCUGGGCUCAACGCAGCUUAACAAAGUUGCAGUUGAGGGUAGCUGCUCUAGUAAAGAUGCAUUUCUGUAAACCUAAUGCCUUGCUUUACUAGACUAGAAUGUCAACCUCCAGUUAAAAAAGAAAAAAAAAAACAUUGCAGGAUUCAUUUUAACGAUCAUUGUAUUGAUUAUUUUAUGUUUAGAAGAUGUGGAUUGUUAGUGAAAGUUCUUUUUUUUUUUUUUUUUUUUUUUUUCUUAAAGUAAACCGAGACAUUCCUAACUAGGGAAACAUGUUAACAGAUCAGCUGCUGUAUUAGUGCACACACAGUAUUUCUAGAGUGGAAAUAAACUAUUGUUCACCUCACUCCCAGAUUAUGCACAUGCUUUGCAACAAUUACAUCUCCUCCUCCUGCACCUUCAUUUGAGUACAGCACCGUUAUCACCACCAACCAUGUAUUUUAGAGAGCAAGAAAAAAAAAAGAAUGUCACACCCCUCUCUUGACUGUUCUUUCACAACUGAGUGAUUGUCAGUAACUGCUGUGAAUCUUUUUCUGCAUUUUCCUGGGUUUCCUUUCCACAGGCGGCCCUGCCAUGCUUAACUAGGUUUCUGUUAGAGGAUCUCAGGCCAACACGUGUUUUAAGAGACUUCAUAUGAGCCUGCAAGCGGGGAUCAUACUGUUAAUUUGAUACUGGCAGUAGCAUAGCUUUUUAAAUCAACCGUGUACGUGUUGAGAAGGAAAUGCACAGUUCAAGUUGAGAUAAAUAUUUACGGUUUGUUCUCGUUCUUCAGACCAUUUCACCCACUGUUAUUUUUGUCUCUCUGUAGUUGAACAGCAGCAUCCAUUUGGGGUGCUGCAGGAAGAAAAACACUAAUACUGUUGACUAACUCACUCGCAUUGACUUGCACAAGAGAGAGAGUUGGAGGAUAGUAGUGAAUAUGACGUGCGCUGAGGCCAUGUAUUUCCACUUUGAUGAAUAUGGAGAAAAAAGAAUUAAAAGAGACUUGGAUUUGAGUGUUGAAAUGCAGUACUUAAAGCAGGUAUCCAUGCAUUCAUCGACUUAAAGGCAUCAGGAUCAUAUUCUGUGGGAUUUAUAUUAGUUUUGAAAAUAAUAUUAAUAAACUUGGAUAACUCUUGACUGAGUGCUUUUCUUGGUGCCCUCUGGAAAAAAGACGUUUGAUUCUUGAUGUUUAAAUGCAAAUACUUUGAUCCUCAUGGUUGUAAUAAGAGAUGUAUUCACAUUGGAGAUUAUUUAUUUUAUAUAAGACCAAUUUCUUGGCAGAAAAGUGUAAAAAUCAAUUUCUGUUAUUUACUUUUUACAUGUAUGAUUAUUUUACAGAACCCAUUAUUCAGGGGAUGAUAUUGUCAGAUUUUUACACUAUUUGGGCAAUAUUCUUAAAUCCAUGAGAUAGCUUUAUCCAAAGUUUGUCUUUUCAGUGUUUUCUUGAUCAUCUCAUGAAUUGUUACAGGGUUAGAUGCCUGGUUAGUCAUAAUAGUGUGUUCCCGCUUCAUGUAUUUUAGUAUUCCAGUUAAGUCUUCUUUUUUUUUUCCUUUUUAAAAAAAAUUUAAAUAAAUCCCUCACUGCUUUUCAUUAA